GAUCCCGUCAUAUACCCUGGUCUCUAUGCUCCCAGCGGGAUUGAUAUUAUGACGGUCUUGCUCAAAAUCGUCGGCCGGCCAAACCCUCAGGUCGACCUCGGUCCCGUCGACUGUUCUGUCGCCCUUGUCGUCUGUGACAUGCUCCAGGCCGACGCUCCCAUCAUCUACAUCUCCGAAUCCUUCUCCGAGCUUACCGGCUACUCUUCCCAUGAGGUGAUGGGCCGCAACUGUCGCUUCCUGCAAUCCCCUCCAGGAGGUCAGCGAGCUUCUAAGAGGAGCUCUGACAAGUCUGCCAUCCGUCGCAUGCGUCAGGCCGUGUUCUCCAGACAGGAGAUUCAGCUGCCCGUGACCAACUACAAGAAGCACGGUCAGCCCUUCAAGAACCUCUUGUCCAUCAUCCCAGUUCCGGUGGAUAACAGCGGUGCUCAAUACUGCGUUGGUUUCCUUUGUGAGACCGAUUAA